UAACCAUGUGUGUGUGCAACUUAACCUCAAAGUGUUAGUGUAGGUUAUAUUGUUUUGUAUUUGAGAACAAUAAAUUUAUUCGUUAUAUUCAUUUAUUACUUCUGUUUUCACUCGAUAUUAUGUUAUGGAUGCCCUCGACAUAUUUCGAAAACUAACUACGGGAGUGAAGUUCAGCAAGAAAAGUUUUGCUGGCAGAAAGCCUGCUGUCAAACCGACCUUUGAUGUACAGACCAAUGUUGUGAAAGUGGAAGACGACGACGUUAAAAUUAAAGAAGAAAUUUUGGACGAUAGUUAUCCUUCAUUCAGUGGAGACAAUAAUGAACAAGAAAUAAAGGAAGAUGAAGUAAAACCUACAUACAACGAAGAACAAUUGAAAGAAAAAGUGAACCGUACAAGGAAACAGAACAGCAUCACUGUGUCGGGUAAGAAUGUUCCACCACCUAUUGAAACAUUUGAUGACUCUUAUAUCCUGCCUCAAGUUUUGAAAAACAUUUAUAAAAUGGGCUACACAACUCCUACGCCCAUUCAGAUGCAAGCAAUUCCAAUCAUGAUGCAAGGACGUCAAAUCCUUGCUUGCGCUCCUACAGGUUCAGGCAAAACUAUGGCUUUUCUCAUACCAGUCAUCAAUUCACUCAAGAAACCCAAAAGCGAUGGAUUUAGAGCGCUAAUUGUUUGUCCCACUAGGGAACUUGCCAGACAGAUAUUUAGAGAAUGCACGCAACUGACUGAACAAACCGGACUACGCACGUAUUUGAUUAGCAAGUUAACCCAAAAACACAUGUCCAAAGGUGAGGAAAUUACUAAAAAGUGUGACAUCCUAAUAACGACUCCCAAUCGUUUGGUCUAUAUUUUGAGACAGGAAGAGGCAAAGAUUGAUUUGAAACAUGUAGAGUGGUUGAUUGUGGACGAGUCUGACAAACUGUUUGAGGUUGGUGUGAGAGGGUUCAGGGAGCAGCUAGGAGAAAUAUACAGGGCUUGUGAUUCUGUGAACAUCAAACGCGCAAUGUUCAGUGCUACACACACAGUCCAGGUUGCAAAGUGGUGUAAGAAAAAUUUGAAAGGCAUGAUCUCCGUUGGAGUCGGUCACAGAAAUACAGCUGUGAAUCUUGUCGAACAAAAGUUGGAGUUUGUGGGGAACGAACAUGGAAAACUGAUUGCGUUUCGAAAUUUGAUCACCGAAGGACUACAUCCACCGGUUUUGGUUUUUGUGCAAUCGAAAGACAGGGCAAAGGAGCUGUUCAGUGAGUUGUUGUAUGAUGGGAUAAACGUUGAUAUUAUACACUCGGAUCGCACCCAGGUACAACGAGACAACGUGGUACGAGCGUUCAGGGAAGGGAAGAUCUGGGUGUUGAUUUGUACCGAGCUGAUGGGACGAGGUAUCGAUUUCAAAGGGAUUAACCUAGUAGUCAACUACGAUUUUCCACAGAGCGCUAUCUCCUAUAUUCAUCGUAUUGGACGAACGGGAAGAGCUGGUAGACCCGGCAAGGCAAUCACAUUCUUUACGGAGGAUGAUAAGCCGGCGCUUCGUACGAUUGCGACCGUUAUGCGGGACUCUGGGUGCGCCGUUCCUGAGUUCAUGCUGAGUCUGAAGAAGCAGCACAAACGAACUAAGAGGAAGUUGGAGCAGCGCGCCCCUGUACGUGAGGCGAUCACUACGGCACCCACUUAUAAGACGAAUGUCAACAAGAAAAAACGUAAGAAAGUUGCUGAAUAAAUUUGUAGAUUAUUUUUGAAA